AUGCCUGGAGGGAAUUUAUAUGAGUUUCUACACAAUCAAAAUGAUGUUUUAGGCCUCCUUCUUGUUCUAAAGAUUGCUAUCCAAAUCUCAAAAGGAAUGGAAUAUCUGCACCAGAAUAGCAUAAGCCAUAGAGAUUUGAAGACUCCAAACAUUCUGCUAGGCUACAAUCAAGUUGUGAAGAUUACAGGCUUUGGUGAGGCUAAACUUGGUAAUCAGGACGGACAAAUGACUGCUGAAAUUGGAACUUACAGAUGGAUGGCACCCGAGAUUAUCAACCAUAAGCCAUAUGAUCACAAAGCGGAUGUAUUCAGCUUUGCUAUUGUCCUAUGGGAACUGAUGACAUCAAAGGUCCCUUAUGAUGACAUGAUGCCCUUGCAAGCCGCAUUGGCAGUAAGGAAGGGAUUCCGCUUAGAGAUCCCACCAAGCGUGCACCCAGGUUUGUCGGGACUGGUUGAACUGUGCUGGGAUGAAGAUCCUGAUGCACGACCAGUUUUUGCGGAGAUCAUCGGCCGACUUGAGGAAAUCUCACGCCAAGUUCAGCCGCCCAAGGGAAGCCAUCGACGUUCUAAAGCGAAAAUGCAAAAGAAAUCUUAA